AUGAGAGAUUGGGCAAAACCGUUUGGAGAGAAGAUUCAGACUGCUCUCGACGACUAUUUGAAAGCUGUUGAGGAGAAAAUUCUGGAGAAAUUCGAUGGGCAGGAAAAUAUCGUUGAAAAGGCUCACGAAGCAUUGCUUUUGAUUCAGAAAGCAGAAUCGGAUCCCGAUCAGACAUCGACACAAAAACACAAAACGAUUGACUACAUUCUGUUUUCACAAACGAUUCCCGUGAGAACGAUUGUUUCCGUUGCUCGGAACAAUGCUGUUUGUGUGCCAAGAACGACGACAACUUCGGCGCCAACAACAACAACCACAACAAUGAAUCCGUUGCCCAACACAUCACGAUUACAUUCACAGCAGAAUGGAGACAAAACAUUGAGACCAUCACGUCGCCGAUCGCUAGAAGAAAUGGGU